AAAGGUCUCAAAAACGACGAAGGUGAACGGGUGACUGGGUGAGACAGUGAGAGUGUGUGAGUGAGACUGAGAUGGAAGAAGAAGACCCUUCGAAGAAGUUGGAGAGAGAAUCUGAGUCUGGAAAACACAAGCUCAUCAACUCUCCUUCAGCCGGAGAAGAAAGCACUCCGUCUUUCUUCGCCGAUGAUGAAUUUGCUUGGCCGGAAUUAUCCUCCUCCGGCGAGGUCCCCAACCCCAACGCCUUCGAAAUCAGAAUGUACUCCGUUCCAUCAACCCCGGAAUCAACCCCAAACCCCGCCGCCGCUUCAGCAGCUAAUGACGAUGCUGGAAACCUAGGGUUUUCGGAAGAGAAGAAGAAGGAUGAGGCAGAAGGAGAAGCAGAGGAGAAGAAAACUAAAGAAUCAACCCCAAGCGCCGCCGCUUCAGCAGCUACAGACGAAGGCGGAAACCUAGGGUUUUCGGAAGAGAAGAAGAAGGAUGAGGCAGAAGGAGAAGCAAAGGAGAAGAAACCAAAUGAAUCAACCGCAAACGCCGCCGCUUCAGUCGCUAAUGACGAAGGCGGAAACCUAGGGUUUUCGGAAGAAAGGAAAAAGGAAGAGGCAAAAGCAGAGGAGAAGAAAGCAAAUGAACCCGAAGUGGUGGUGAUCAGCACCGACGACGAAGACGACGACGAUGAGGUGAAAAUUGUGGAGGAAUUGAGCGACGAUUCGGAGGAUUUGAACGCGAAAUUGUCGGAGUUUGGUGACGAUUGGGAGUAUUUCAAAGCUGAAUUCGGGGGAAAAGCGUCGGAAUUGAGAUCAAUUUCGAAUUCGGAAUCGACUUCGACGGCAAUGGAAUGCUUAGUUGAGAUAUUGAAGAAUGUGUGUGAGAGUGAUGAGAAGGGAAAUGGGAAGAAGAAGAAGAAGGUUGAUAUAUUGGAGACAGUGAAACGUAGGGGGAUGACAUUUCCUAAGAGCAGAUGGUAUGAUUCUUGAAUAUUCUUGUUAAAUUUGAUGAUGAAUUUUUUGGUAAAUUUCAGGUCCAUGAUUUUGAAAACUGGGUGUGUAAAAAUGGUCCAUUUUGUUGUGUAAAGUUGUAGGUUUUUGAGAUGCUCAAAGUUAAGAGUAGCUGAUCAUGUUGAUGAUAAUGGUGGAAUGUUGAUGAUUAUGAGAAUGUUGUUUUUGUAAAGGUUAUGGUUUUUGAGAUGCUCAAAGUUAAGAGUAGCUUAUCAUGUUGAUAAUAAUGGAGUUAUGGUUCACAAAAAAUGGUGGAAUGUUGUUUUUGUGGAGGUUAUGGUUUUUGAGAUGUUAAAAGUUGACUUAUUAGUUUAUUACGUUGAUGAACUGUGGUUAGACUCUUGGCUAAUAAUCCUCCUUUGUAGUUUUUCGAAAAUUGGGUGUGUAAAAAUGGUCAAUUGUUGUAAAGUUGUGGGUUUUUGAGAUGCUCAAAGGUAAGAGUAGCUUAUCAUGUUGAUGAAAAUGGAGUUAUUAUGGUUCACCAAACAUGAAAAAUGGUGGAAUGUUGAUGAUUAUGAGAAUGUUGUUAUUGUAAAGGUUAUGGUUUUUGAGAUGUUAAAAGUUGACUUAUUAGCUUAUUAUGUUGAUGAACUAUUGUUGUUUUUGAGAUGUUAAAAGAUGACUCAUUAGUUUAUUAUGUUGAUGAAUUAUGGUUAGACUCUUCGCUAAUCGUCCUCCUUUGUAGUUUUAUUCAUCGGAAAUUCUUGGAACUAGAGUUGGGUAAGGGUGUGAGUCCAGAGUUCGUUCUUUUGUACUCUUAAUCUUUGUUGUAAAGUUGUGGGUUUUGAGAUGCUAAAAGUUAGAGUAACUUAUCAAGUUUAUGAUUAUGGUUCACCAAAAUUGGUGGGAUGUUGAUGAUUAUGGAGUUGUGGUUCACCAAAAAUGGGAAGGUUGAUGAUUAUGGACUUGUGGUGCACCAAAAAUGGGAAGGUUGAUGAUUAUGAACUUGUGGUUCACCAAAAAUGGUGGAAUGUUGAUGAUUAUGAGGAUGUUGUUUUUGGUUUUGGUAAUGUAGGAUGUUCACCAAAAAUGGUGGAAUGUUUUGUUUUUGGUUUUGAUUAUGAACUUGUGUUUUAGUGUUGUUGUACACCUUUUUGUAAAGAUUGUGGUUUUUCAGAUGUUAAAAGUUGACUUAUUAGUUUAUUAUGUUGAUGAACUAUGGUUUCAGCUAAUCGUCUUCCCUUCUA